UUAGUUUCUCCUUUUAUAUAGAUUUGUUUUUUUUGUGCAUUCUGUCAUUACUCAUACUGAUAUUCAUCUUCAUGAGAGUGUGAUUUUUUUUACUGUACUCUAGGUUGCACUUUGUGACAUGGCUGAACUUCUAACAGCAAAGUAUGAUGCUGAUAAGUUGCCUGAAGGAAAACUUACAACAAAAGGAGUAGGAGGAACAUCACCAGAUUUUUCUGAAGCCCAGGCACUUGAGGACGGGGUCGUUGUUCCCCUAGGAAAUCCCAAGAAAAAUCCAAGCUUUAAGGGUUCUCUUUUGUACAAUGAGUACAUUGUUUAUAAUGUGGAACAAAUUAAGAUGCGCUAUGUUGUUCAUGUAAAUUUCAACUUUAAGCCAAGACACUAAUGGUAAAAAAUGUAUGAACUUAUAUAUAUCUUUACUGAGAGAAAGGUUUGCACUUUUUCUGCUA